AUGGUUUGGUGGAAAGAUGUCAACUGCUACCAGAUAUGGCCAGCUUCAUUCAAAGAUUCAAAUGGUGAUGGUAUAGGAGAUAUUGGUGGUAUUAUAACCAAACUCGAUUACUUGAAAGAUCUUGGAAUUGAUGUAAUUUGGUUAUCGCCUAUGUUUGAUUCGCCUCAAGAUGAUAUGGGUUAUGAUAUAAGUGAUUAUGAAAAGGUUUAUCCCAAGUAUGGUACUUUGGAAGAUAUGGAUCAGUUGAUUGAAGGGUGUCAUUCUCGGGGCAUGAAAUUGAUAUUGGAUUUGGUUGUCAACCAUACCUCUAGUGAACAUCAAUGGUUCAAGGAAUCGAGAUCUUCGCUUGAUAAUCCGAAGAGAGACUGGUAUAUUUGGAAAAAACCAAAAUAUGACUCCCAAGGUAAUAGGCAGCCUCCUAACAAUUGGAAAUCUUAUUUCACAGGAAGUGCCUGGAAGUAUGAUGAGGCCACGGACGAAUAUUACCUACGUCUUUAUGCUGAAAGUCAGCCCGACUUGAAUUGGGAGAAUGAAGAUUGUAGAAAUGCCAUUUAUGAUAGUGCUUUGAAAUUUUGGUAUGAGAGGGGAAUCGAUGGUUUUAGAAUCGAUACAGCUAGACUCUACUCCAAAGUUCAAACAUUCCCUGAUGCUCCUAUCAAAUUUCCCAACGAUGAAUUCCAACCUUGUGAUAUGUAUACCAGUAAUGGUCCUAGAAUUCACGAAUUCCAUAAGGAAAUGUAUUCCAAAGUCACGUCGCAUUAUGAUGCCAUGACAGUUGGAGAAGUAGGUAACUGUUCAAGAGAAGAUGCUUUAAAGUAUGUCAGUGCAAGGGAGAAAGAAAUGAACAUGUUGUUCUUGUUUGAUGUUGUAUUUUUGGGUACCGUCAGAACCAGUAGAUUUAGACUUUUAGAUUUUACCUUAGUCGAUUUCAAAAGUGCCAUCAAAAGUCAAUGUGAUUUCAUUAAGGGUACAGAUGCCUGGUCAACGGUAUUCAUUGAGAACCAUGAUCAAGCCAGAUGUAUAUCAAGAUUUGCUGGUAAUAAUGAAAAGUCAGCCAAGAUGAUUGCCUUGUUACAAAUGACUUUAACUGGGACUUUGUUCAUUUAUCAGGGUCAGGAAAUCGGUAUGACUAACUUACCUCGUAGUUGGGGCAUCGAAGAGUAUAAGGAUAUCGAAACACUUAAUGCCUAUAAUGAUUUGGUCAAGCGAAACAACAUUACGGACAAAAACGAUCCCAAACUAGUAGAAUUCAUGGAUGCAGCAGCAAAGGUAGCCAGAGACCAUGCAAGAUCUCCUGUUCAGUGGAAUUCCACCAAACAUGGAGGUUUUACUACAGGAGACCCAUGGAUGAGAGUUAAUGAUAACUAUAGUGACAUCAAUGUCGAAAAUCAAAUUGACGAUCCCCACUCGGUUUUGUCUUUCUACAAGAAAAUUUUAGCUUUGAGAAAGACCUAUAAGGAUUUAUUCAUUCAUGGAGAUUUUGAAAUGGUCGAUGAAGAUAACGAAAAGACAUUCACUUUUUGGAAGAAAACUAAUGAUUUGAAAGCCUUAGUUAUUUUGAAUUUUAGUAACGAUGUUGUCCAAUUUGAACCACCUCAAGGAGAAUUAUUGUUAUCUAAUUUUGAGAUUGACAAGGCUUUGUCACCCUGGGAAGGGCGUGUGUAUAUUGUGAAAUAA